AUGGCUUUUAUGUUAAGCAGUGUGCGUGGAGCGCUCGGUUUUCGUAGCUUUGUGGGCCAGUGCUACGUCAACCGCUCUAGUGGUAUUGGCGCGCUCUACAAAUCGCAACAGGAUCUCAUCCUCCCCCGUCGCUUGAUCAGCGUUACUCGCAGCCAUUCCGGUGCUGUGAACUCGGCAAACGGGCAUAAUGCCGCGCCCGCCGGUCGUUCCCCCGAGACGGACUCCUCUGCGACCAAGGUGAAAACCGUGGAUGGUGAUGAAAACUACACGAAGGGGAAAUACCCAGGUACUGGUGCCCCUAAGGCAGUAGGACAGCCAGAAGACCUGCCCUCCAUUGAGUUCGGCAAGCCCACUGGAAUGUACAAUUUCGUGCGCCACCAGCAUGGAGACCCCCGUGGGCACCUUCAGUCAGACGGUCGCUUCCGUCCUACCCACGCUUCGGACAGCUUCCACUGGUACGACGCGUACACUGACGUGCCGAAGCAGCGUUUUACUAUAGUGAAUGGCGAGACCAUGAUUAUGGGCAAAGAGACACGACCCAUGGAGGAGUUGUUCGGCGUGCCGCAGACGAACAUUCCGUUCCACCCACGCCGUCGCAUGAAUCUUUGGGGCAACCACAGGAUCGUGCUGGGUGCCGAGUUCUGUUUCUUCUGGAUUCCGACACUCAUCAUUCUCGGCCUGGCCGUGCCCUGCUACACCAUGAUAUACAUGAUGGACGAGGCGGUUGCCACGUCUAUGACGGUGAAAGUGGUCGGCCACCAAUGGUAUUGGGUUUACGAGGUGGAAUCCCCGCCUUUGGUGGAGUAA